UCUCAUCUCAGUCUCCCCUCUGGCAGGUUAAAGCCAUUCUCCUUAUCGUGUCCCUACAGGCCCUUGUCCAAAGCUCCUCUCCAGGUUUCUUGUAGACACUUUAGGCACUGGAAGCUGCUCUAAGGUCUCCCUAGAGCCUUCUCUUCUCCAGGCUGAACAGGCCCAUCUCUCUCUGUCUUCUAUCUUAUGUUCCUAAUUAUUGAGCUUUUUGGUUUGUCUGAGGCUUGACAAAGAACUUGUAAAUGAUGGUAAGCAACAGCCAAGGCAGUGCUGUCAAAUUUGGCUUCUACUAAAUAAGGGGAGUUUAUCCUGUCACUUUUCCAUUCAUAUAGUCAACUUUUAUAGUGUACUUGCUUUUAUGUUCUGCUUUCCUUACUUGAGGAUGACCUGGAACAGAUACUAUUGUGCUCCUCUUCCUCCUGUAAGCAGUAAUUUGAGGCAAGGUGUUAGUCACUGCUCUGCACUUGGUGCUAUGGUGUCUCAAAUACCAAGGCUGUAAAAAACAGGUUGUGUUUUUCUGUAGCUGUGUCUAGUCCUAAAGCUAGUAGGUGGCAAACUGUAUUUUGAAACCUCAAGAGCAUUUCCCCUGUAAGGCUGAAUGUAGCUGAAAAUAACAGCAUGGCUUGGUGUCAUGGGAGGUGUAGGGAGGAGGUGGAAAACAUCUACCUUAGAGGCAGUUUCCAAGUGAAUUGUUUGUUCUUUUCCAUCUGUUUUCAGAGACUCUUCAGCAUAGUUCCUAAAAGUGAAAGCAGGGUCAGACCUAUUGACUCACUGCCCACCAUAAAGGCUUACAUCUGCUGUUCCAGAUACAACUGCAUCUACGCCCUGAAGUGCAGUCCACUUCUGUUACAGCACUUUGUGAGCAAUCCCAGCUGUUCCUGAGCCAAACAUACCUAAGGACCUCCUUCUAGAUGACCAACGUGUAUUUUAACUGAUUGUAUCGGAAACUACGUCUCUGACUUCCCAUUCAUUCCAGCUGGUAGCAAUGCUUAUAAUGCAAAAAAGUCAUGAUUCAGGAUCACAGAAACAUUACUCUUAAAACUUUCUAGAUGAUUGUAGUUGCUUUGGUUGUGUUCUACGCUAGCAGAAGCCUUUUUCAAAGUUUACAGUUGACAUUAGAGCACCACAUUCCCCAUUUACUGGGAGCCCUGGGGGCUGGCAGUAUGGGAAACUCAUGUGUUUGCCACGAUGACAGUGGAGCAGAAGACAAUGUGGAAUCUCGGAAUCAGCAAACGGAGAACAGUAGAGUACAUGUACCUGAAGCAAGAAGCCACCUAAGGGACCCUGUCCGUCCACCCAGGAGGGGUCGAGGGCCUCAUGAACCAAGAAGGAAAAAACAGAAUGUGGAUGGACUAGUACUCGACACAUUGUCUGUAAUUCGGACAUUAGUAGAUAAUGACCAGGAGCCUCCUUAUUCAAUGAUCACGUUGCAUGAAAUGGCAGAAACAGAUGAAGGCUGGUUGGAAGUGGUCCAAUCUUUAAUUAGAGUUAUUCCAUUAGAAGAUCCCCUGGGACCAGCUGUUAUAAUGCUGCUACUUGAUGAAUGUCCGCUGCCAACAAAAGAUGCAUUACAGAAGUUAACUGAAAUGCUAAACUUAAGUGGAGCUGCUGCUUGCCAGGAUGCUUGUCACCCUGCCAAACACCGGAAUACAACCGCAGUGCUGGGCUGCUUAGCAGAGAAGUUAGCAGGUCCUGCGAGCGUAGGCUUACUCAGCCCAGGCAUAUUGGAAUAUUUACUUUACAGCCUGAACUUCCAGUCCCAUCCGACAGUGAUGCUUUUUGCACUAAUAGCACUGGAGAAGUUUGCACAAACAAGUGAAAAUAAACUGGCAGUUUCUCAAUCAUGCAUUAGCGACCAACUGAUCCUGCUUGAGAAAUGGACAGAUAAUCCAGACUAUUUAAAACGUCAGGUUGGGUUCUGUGCCCAGUGGAGUUUAGACAAUCUGUUUUUAAAAGAAGGCAGGCAAUUUACAUAUGAGAAGGUUGACUUGACCAACAUUAUGGCUAUGCUGAACAGUAACGAUGUCAGUGAAUACCUGAAGAUAUCUCCACAUGGAUUAGAGGCUCGAUGUGAUGCCUCAUCCUUUGAAAGUGUUAGAUGUACAUUCUGCAUUGAUUCUGGAGUUUGGUACUAUGAAGUUACAGUCAUUACUUCAGGAGUGAUGCAAAUAGGAUGGGCUACCAAAGACAGCAAAUUUCUCAAUCAUGAAGGUUAUGGCAUUGGGGAUGAUGAAUAUUCCUGUGCCUACGAUGGCUGCCGGCAGCUGAUUUGGUAUAAUGCCAGAAGUAAACCACAUUCCCAUCCCUGUUGGAAAGAAGGAGACAUAAUAGGAUUUCUACUAGACUUGCACGAAAAGCAAAUGAUUUUCUAUUUAAAUGGAAACCAGCUUCCUGCUGAGAAGCAAGUAUUUUCAUCUUCUAUAUCUGGCUUUUUUGCUGCAGCUAGUUUCAUGUCCUAUCAACAAUGUGAGUUCAACUUUGGAGCAAAACCUUUCAAAUACCCACCAUCAAUGAAAUUUAGUACUUUUAAUGAUUAUGCCUUUCUGACAGCAGAAGAGAAGAUCAUUUUGCCCAGACACAGGCGCCUGGCUUUGUUGAAGCAAGUGAGUAUCCGAGAGAACUGUUGUACGCUUUGCUGUGAUGAGGUAGCAGACACAGAACUUGGGCCAUGUGGACACAGUGAUCUGUGUAUGGAGUGUGCCUUGCAGCUGGAGACCUGCCCUUUGUGUCGACAGGAGAUACAAACCCGAGUCAGACAGGUCUCUCACAUUUCAUGACACAUAUGGAGAAAUACCAGACUUGUUUUCAGUGAACUACAGCCAAUGCUGAAAGGGGAAAGAAACUCCAACCAAUCUUUAUGCACAUAGAACCAUAGUCACCGCCAGAUUUCAUGCUAAUCUGUUAUCUGUUAAUCUUAAAAAUGAAAUCUUUAAUAAACGAUUUCAAGUUGCCAGCAAUGGGAACUGGUUUCAAGAAUAAGGAGAGCUAGUAGUUCAGUGCACUAUGGCUGUUGGUUCCUCCAAGCAAGACCAUAGGAGACUGUCUCUCUUCUUCCCCUUUCUUUCUUGCCUGUCACAAGUGAUGAAAAAAUUUGCAGUGGAAGUACACAUACAAUGCAUUUUAGAAAAGAAAAGAAGAGCAAAUAAGUAUCUCCUAAACCAGGGCUGUUUUCUCUUGUGCUCAAGUUUUUGGGAGAAGUCAGUACUAAAAAGAGAAUGCCAAUGUUUUCCUGUUCAAUGUAGCCUCCUGCUGGUCAGAGACUAUUUUCCAACAGUGGAUAUUAAACUGCUCAAAGACCUAAUCCGUACACAGACUGAUUUGAAAAGUCAGUGUGGAGACCAGAGAGAAACUCACAUGUUUUAAUAACCUUGUGAUUCCAAAGAAUGUUCUGAUUUGUCUUUAAAUGUUAAAAGAGUGGUAGUA